AGCCCUCACGAAUGUUUGUCGGCAAAAGUAUAAAAGAAGCCGACACUUUGUAACACCGCUCUUUCGUCGAUUGUGAAUACGUUGAUUUGUUGCUCGCACGAAUCCUGUUGAUUUUCAAAUAUGGUGGACCAAGGACAAGGAACAUCGGUGCUGACUUCUAAGCUGCUGGAACUUAUGCGGGUGACUGGAUAUCCUAUUGAGCAGAGGAACGGCCAGAGGAAGUUCGGACCACCUCCAGACUGUAAAGGGUUUGUACCACCGAAAGGAUGUGAAGUCUUUAUUGGGAAGCUGCCCAGGGAGAUCUACGAGGAUGAGCUCGUCCCGAUCUUCUCCAAAAUUGGUAAAAUAUACGAGAUGCGAUUAAUGAUGGACUUCUCCGGUUCCAAUCGGGGGUAUGCGUUUGUUAAUUACAUGAGGAAAGAGGAUGCCGAUGAAGCGGUCAGGAAACUGAAUGGGUUCGAGAUCAGACCACUGCGAAAAAUCGGUGUCGUUAAAUCUGUCGAUAAUUGUCGCCUCUUCAUUGGCGGUAUACCGAAGACAAAGUCAAGGGCCGAAGUAUUUGAAGAACUUACGAAGCGAGUGCCAGGGAUCGUCGAUGUGAUCUUAUACAAGAACUGUUUUGAUAAACGUCUCAACAGAGGUUUCGCUUUUGCGGAGUUCGAGACUCACAGAGCUGCAGCUAUGGCAAGACGAUCUCUCAUACCGGGAUGCGUAAAACUUUGGGAUCAUGAUGUGAUGGUUGACUGGGCCGAACCGGAACCUUCUAUAGAAGAAGAUCUAAUGAAAACGGUAAAAGUCCUGUAUGCCCGCAAUUUUCAGAUACGUACAACGCCAGAAACUAUACAGAGUGUGUUUGAGGCUGCUAUAGAUAACAAAAUCGAGAGAGUAAAAAAGAUAUAUGACUAUGCUUUCAUUCAUUUCUAUCAACGUUCUCAUGCUGAGCUUGCUAUGAACAAAUUGCAAAAUACAGAAAUUGAUGGUAGCAAUAUUGAAAUAAAAUGGGCAAAGCCGGUAGAUAGGGAUUUAUAUAGGAUACAAAAACAGACUAAAGGCAAUGCUAAGUUUAACAACAGUCUUGGGCUUUCUCAAACACUUAUGCUCUAUAAACAGCAUGUGGAGAAGCGGGCAUACGAGGAUACACACAAGGAGGAUGAAGGCAUUGGCUCUGCUUGUGCAGGGGAGUCCUGUUGCUCUCCCAUGGGAGGAUGCCAAUAUGUGGCACCACAAGAAAGCACUUACACAUUGGCUCCAGCUAAGCUUGAUGCCCUGUGUAAAAGGUACAUGUGGAUGCCACCAGUGUACACCUAUCAGAAGUACCUUGAUGCUGCAGGUGCUGAGGUCUGGGUGUCCUCUGUGGAACUGCCUGAAGUAGGUCAGCCAUUGUCUUCUGUGCCUAGAAAGAUUGGGCCGUUGGUCACCAGACCUUGCUACUCUUUCCAGCAAGCAUAUGUUCAAGCUGCAGAGUUAGCUCUACAGACUAUUAAGAUCUUGCAUGCAGACAUUGCUCAGCAGUCUGCCCCGCCUGCAAUCCAGCCAACUUACACUUCAGUCUUGUCCCCAAUCCCCAACUGCAUGGGAUACAGAUAUGAGUAUGCUAACCCCAUAUACCAUAGACAACCAAUGUCUGUUGCUCUCCCUCCUUAUAAAAUGUUGAGACGAAAACUUAUGAAUUCCAUUGAUUUAUUUUAUGGAAUAAGAAAUAUACAAAGGUUGAGUUCCGGUCGAUUCCUAACCUAUAAACUAAAACAUACCCUUGUUGCUAACAAAAGAGAAAUUGAUACUGAAAAAGAAAUUAAAAAAUCGCAAGAUAUCAACGCCUUUACAUAUAGAACUCAUACUUGCGGUGAGCUACGUUCAAUGCAUAAUGGAAAAAGUGUAACACUUUGUGGUUGGGUACAAUAUCAACGUAUGUCUAAAUUUCUACUACUACGCGACUCCUACGGCGUAACACAGUGUAUAGUUAACAAUAAUCAAAUUAAUUUCAACGAUGUACCUCUUGAAUCUAUAGUUAAAAUAAAUGGCACUGUUUCCUUAAGACCAACUAAUAUGAUAAAUAGUAAAAUGAGUACUGGUGAAAUAGAGGUUGUCAUAGAUCAAUUAGAAGUGCUAAAUGUAGCUGAUAAAGUACCAUUUAAUUUAAGGGUCCAUCAAAAACCUAAGGAACAACUUAGAAUGCAGCAUCGCUACUUAGAUAUAAGAUUUCCUGACAUGCAAAAUAAAUUACGAACAAGGUCUUCAAUGUUACAUAAUAUGAGAAAAUUUCUUAUUGAGACAUAUGGGUUUGUGGAAGUUGAAACACCAACACUGUUCUGUCGGACUCCUGGUGGAGCUAGAGAAUUUGUUGUUCCAACACAUUAUCCUGGUUUAUUUUAUUCUUUAGUUCAAAGUCCACAACAGUUCAAACAAAUGUUGAUGGCCGGUGGUGUUGAUAGGUAUUUCCAAGUUGCCAGAUGUUAUAGAGAUGAAACAACAAGACCUGACAGACAACCGGAGUUUACACAACUUGAUAUAGAAAUUUCGUUUACAAAUUUAGAUCACAUUAUUAAAAUGAUUGAUCAGUUACUCUAUGAAACAUUUACAAAACCACUACCAAAUCCACCUUUUAAAAGAAUUACAUAUACAGAAGCUAUAGAAAACUAUGGUACUGAUAAGCCGGACAUAAGUUACGAUCUACGUUUUAAAAAUGUAUCUCACUUAUUCAAUAACAAUGAUGAAGCAAUACUUAGUGCUUUUGUUUUACCAUAUCCCGCUGAACUUGGUAAAUUGUCUUCAAAACACAAAGAUAAAAUUAAAGAAAUAAAACAAAAAAACAAUGUAAGAGUUAUAUUAAAUGAAAAUGUUAGUAAAGAACUUUCUAAUGACAUGAAAUGUCACAUCCAAAGUAUUGUAGGAGAGAAUAAAGCUUUUAUUCUAGCUUUGGGCAGCAAAGAGAAAGUGUGUACUUGUCUAGGUGAAAUUAGACAACAAAUAGCAGUAUUACUACAAUCUAAAGAGUUAAUAGAAAUUAACAAGGAUAUAGAGCCGUUAUGGAUUGUGGAUUUCCCUUUAUUUACCGAGGGUGAUAAUGGUUUAGAAACUUGUCACCAUCCUUUCACAGCCCCUCAUCCUGAAGACUUUCACAUGUUGGAUUCUGAGCCUUUAAAAGUAAGAGCACUUGCUUAUGAUAUUGUUAUGAAUGGUAAUGAAAUUGGUGGGGGGUCAGUGAGAGUACACAAUGCUGAUCUUCAAGAAAAGCUUUUACGUAUGCUAAAUAUAGAUGCAAGUAAAUUAAUGCAUUUUAUAAAUGCAUUACGUAGUGGUUGUCCACCUCAUGCUGGGAUUGCGUUAGGUAUUGAUCGUUUAAUAACAAUAGCUUGUGAUGCAGACUCAAUCAGGGAUGUUAUAGCAUUUCCUAAGUCUCAUGAAGGCAAAGAUCCUUUGUCCGGUGCACCUAAUGUUAUUACCGAAGAUGAUAAAAAGUACUAUCAUAUAAAUGUUGUAAAGUAA